AUGAUAAAAAGUGCAGAAGAUUUUGCUAGAGCAGCCAAGGACAUUGCCGACGGGUUUUUGAGGUGUCAUCCAACUAAAAUAGACGUUGCAACACUUAGUCAGUUUCAUUUAGGAAGCAGUAAUGAUACAAAACCUUACCAAAUGUGUUUAAAGACAAAUCCUGGAGUGUUGAAAAUCUUAGGCUGCUUACCGAUUCUUCAAAAGCAAUGCAUGGAGUCGGACUUAUCGGUUAUCAAAACGAUACGGUUCCCCAUGGGAGCAGUAGAGACGAUGAUGAAAUCAAACCCAUCCUUGAAAGUCAUACACUUGAUAAGAGACCCACGGCCAACAAUCAAGUCUCAGAUAUCAUUAGGACGAGAUAAAUGGAGCAACCUUCAUUCCUACUCCAAAGAGCACUGUUUGAGGGUACAUAGCGACCUCCAGGCUACAGAGAGGCUGUUGAAAUCUCACCCUAACAGAACAAAACUUCUCCUGUAUGAGGAUCUAGUAGUCCACCCUGUACAAAACGUGAAGGAUUUGUUUUCAUUUGUGGGUCUGACAUUUACAAGUGAGACGGAACGAUUUCUCCAGUCGAGGACGAACAGCUCAGAAGACAAACACUGUACAACAUGCAAGUCAAAUUCAACCAUUAUGACUCUGCAAUGGCGAAAAGAGCUUGAUUUCAAUAGGGCUCGUAUCAUAGACGGUAACUGUAAAGAAGUGUACCAAUUGCUGGGCUAUUUGCCCGUAAAUACUGGCAGCGAACUUGUAGAUAUGUCAAAGAGUUUGAAAACCGAAAGGGAAUUAUAAAGAUACGGACGUUAUGCAGUGAAUCGUGUAACGGUGGGUUAAGGGUACUGUUUUAACCCUCUUGUAAUGUCAAACUAUACGCAAAGAACUUAGUUAAGCAUCCCCUGGCCCAAUUGGAAGCUGCAAGCGUAGACGAGCCCUUCAGGGGAUCAGGAGGCUGACAGGGGGUAUGAGGAGCAGAGUGCUGGCUGCCAUACAGUCACAU